AAGGUGGUUGGUCAAAUUUGCGGAAUAGUUGGGGUAAUUGGAGGAGCGCUUUUUUCAUAAGCUAUAGGCCUACUUGCUGCUUUCACUAUCCAUCAACAUCAAGAUAACGGGAUUUCAAAAUAACACGGACGAGUUGUUCAGCCAAGGAUUCUCUGUUAAUAAAGUUCACUACAAAAUGUCUCUGGGACGAAUCAUAGACAAGCCCUUGAACGCUACGCUGUCAAAGAUCGAGCUCACCAAGCUGGACUCAAAGAGCGUGGAAGAGUUGAGAGAGGAGUCAAUAAGCUCCCAGAGCAUCACAGACACCUCUCAGCGCUGUCUGAAGGAGACCUUCACUGUCUCUGAAGAACAGCCCUCCAUGUACACGUUCAGUCCUUCACCACCUUGCUAUCCUGCUGCAAGAGCCUCCUUGGACGCGUCUCUCAGGUCUAGAAGGCAUUCUGUUUCUGCACACCCACUGCAGACUGACGGCUGCUCUGUGUAUGCUUCGGACCCCCCCUCUGUUCAAGAGAGACUGGACAUCUACGGUGCUCCUGUCAGGAAGAGUUCCUUAGAGGCCCGGAGGGUGACCGACCUCAGAUCACCUCAUGCCUUUUCCAGAAGCCCCAGAAGCCAUUCUGUGGAAAGCUGUUCCAGAGAGCCUACGAAGCCCAGAUUACUGUCCACCCCGCCACAAAAGCUAACUGUGCCACUGAGGAUGCGUCACCCUCAAGACCCCCAUAUUUCCCCCCACCAACAGCUGCGUUCCCCUCAGUCAGCUUCCGCAGCAGAGAGUCGCCACAGGCUCCGGCCGAACCUUUCCUCGGACUCCUCCCUGCCAUCAGUGCGUGCCCCUUACUCCCCGAAGAAGCUCGACGAGGACUUUCUAAAGGUCUACCACAAGUUUGUCUGCCAGAACAAGUCUGGUUCCCUUAAUGGGAUUUCCUGCCGCCUCUGUGCGAGAAGCUCUAAGGCCAGCAUAAGCUUGGCUCUGGCAGCUCUCGCCCUGUCGCCGCCCCGCUCAGUGUGAGGAAACGCCACAGGGAGUGAAAUGUGGACAGCCAGCCCCAGUCGAAACGCCACAGGGACGAGUGAUGCCCGUCCUCUCCCGGGUCCGUACGGCACGGCAAAGAGCUUCUGAGGCGCCGUCUCUCUCCGUAUGAGCAGUCCCAUGAUGGCGUCUCCUAUAGCGCCACUAGACCCAGCAUGUUCCAAAGAUUCAACACCCAGCAGCGCUCAGCAGAAGCACAUCAGGAGACCUGGAGGUGUCUGCGCCGCCAUGUGUCUGCAGCUCAUUUUCAUGACAUGGGAAGUUCACUUGAGAACAGAAGAAACCAUGGCUGGUCUCCCGGGUGAGUAUAAGGAACUCUGAACACUGUUUGUUUUUCUAUGCAAGCCCAUUGCGGCCAACGAAAGAAAAAAGUCCAAGUAACCUGGGAUAACCUGGAAUAAUGACUCGGUAUUUGUGGGUAUGCUAUUUUGGUAACAGAGCAAAAAACACAUCAAAUCAACCCGUUUGAGAUGAAGAGGCCCUGUUAUGAAACUUCCUCUCCGCAGAGGCAUUUUCAUAACAGCGUCAUGUAGAUUUUGUUCAGUGCGGUUUCACCAUUUUGUUAAAAUGUGUAACCAUUUUGUUUCCAGUGAAGUGGUUUCCCUUCAUUGUAAGGAUGAAAACUUAACUUCAUUACUUGUAGGUUAGUGUGUGCACAUAAAAAAAGUGCAACUACAGACAUAUAGAAAAUGUUCAGGCUUGUUAUUCUGCUAAUUUAAAAAUAAAUAGGUUUAAUGAUUGCUGCAGACACUGAGGAAUCAAUAUGAAUCUAAACUGAGCAAGUCCAUUUCAGCUACCUGUAGAUUUAGGGUUAGGGUUAGGUAACUAAAUGUCACGUGGUCGAUUAGUGAUUUAUUUGCAGGGGAUAUUAAUGGUCCCCUAUUUUACUUUUUUUCAUCAGU